AGAGGUAUAGCUGGCACAGCCUGAUCAUUACAUCCCGUGGAGAGCAUGGAGGGGACAGGAGAGGCUGGGGUCUAGCAGGACAGAUCUUCUCUCCCCAGCCAGCUUAGCUGUGUCACUUUCCUGGAGAUGAGACCUGCAGAAUACCGUCAGGCACGAGAAACAUGGGCUCGUGUUUUUCUUGACCUUUCUUCACCUUGAAGGUGAGCGACACAGAACCUGGUUUUUAACUACCCACCUCCUCAGCCUUGGGACAGUGAGAAAAGUUCAAUGGUGCAUAUGGUGGGAGUAAGGGAACUGGGGCUGGUUCACAGCCAGCUUACAUAUUAAACCAUCGUAUCAAAAGCGAGCCACGGUCUGACAAGGAGUGUAACUUGAGGAGAAAGGACACUACUGCCUUUGAGCACGCUGAGGGAUUCUUGCAUGACCUGUCACUCUUUCAGUGCUGUAGCCUGAGCAGGUCUUACUGGUUUUUACCGAAGUGGUGGGAGCUGAAUGGGGUGUGGGCUCAUUUCUAUUCGUCCACAGGCACCUCUGCAAUCUUUUUUUCUCCUUUUUUAAAUUCCCCCUUGGAUAUAACUCGGAGAAGUAGUGUCCAUCAAGUCUGCUGGCAUCUGGGCUCAACACAGCUGAAUUCCUUUUAGAGGAUAUCCUUGCUACAACCCUCUGGACACAUUCCUAGGAGAAGAAGCAGCUGAAGAAAUUUGGCAUCUUUGCUGUACUUUCAAGAAAGAAAUUUCUUUUGACUUUGGAGAGAUUUGCCAGGAAGAUCUGUGGAGUGUCCUAAUCUCUCUCCAUUUGCCCUGCUGAGCAUGGGGUAAUGGUGUUUGACCAUGGUGGUCACCCAGUUACAAUUAGAACUGUGCUUCCAUGGCAAGAAGCUGAGAGGUUUCACCUGCAAAUUGACCAGGUCAGCCAGUGGAUUUCUUCCAGAGACUUCACUCUCCAUUGCCUCCCAGAUUUUUGUGCCAUUCCUUCUGGCUGGCUUGGGUAUGGUAGCUGCUGGCCUCUUGAUGGAUGUUGUUCAACACUGGGAUGUAUUUCGGACAAUUACAGAAGUUUUCAUCCUGGUUCCUGCCUUGGUUGGCUUGAAGGGGAAUCUUGAGAUGACACUGGCAUCCAGGCUCUCUACAGCUGCUAACACUGGACAGAUGGAUGAUGCUCAGAAGCAAUGGAAAAUGGCCACAUGCAAUUUAGCCCUUAUCCAGGUCCAGGCCACUGUGGUGGGACUUCUGGCUGCCAUUGCUGCUGUGAUCCUGGGAGCCAUCUCCAAGGGCUCUGUGGAGCUGAGCCAGGCUGCUGUGCUGUGUGCCAGCAGUGUGACCACAGCCUUCAUAGCUGCCCUUUCUCUUGGUCUGGUGAUGAUUGGUGUGAUCAUCGGAGCAAGGAAAGUUGGGAUCAAUCCAGACAAUGUCGCCACACCCAUAGCAGCAAGCCUUGGAGACUUGAUAACCCUUUCCCUGCUGGCAGGAAUCAGCAGUGCACUCUUCAAAUACAUAGAUAUGAAAUAUCUUUCUCCUCUCAUCUGUGCUGUCUUCAUUCUCAUGAUCCCUCUGUGGGUUGCUAUUGCCAAGCAAAGUCCUUCCCUUGCUGAAGUCCUGAAGUCUGGAUGGCAGCCAGUCAUUGUUGCCAUGAGCAUCAGCAGCAUUGGUGGACUCAUCUUGGACAAAACUGUAACUGACCCCAAGUUUGAAGGCAUGGCAGUUUUCACACCUGUGAUUAAUGGUGUUGGAGGGAAUCUGGUCGCCAUCCAGGCCAGCCGUAUUUCCACAUUCCUGCACUUCUGGAGCAUGCCUGGAGUUUUGCCAUACAAGAUGAGGCAGAAUUGGCCCAACCCAUGCACUACAUUCUUCUCAUCAGAGGUGAAUUCCAAGUCAGCCCGAGUUUUGUUCCUCCUGGUUGUCCCAGGGCACCUCGUGUUCCUCUACACCAUCCAUCUGCUGCAGGGAGGCCACACGUCUCUGUCCUUCACCUUUGUGAUGUUCUAUCUGACUGCUGCUUUGCUGCAGGUAACUCGUCACCCAGAGCCAAGCAUGAAAAUACACAGAAUAAAUGCCAGUGUAAAGAGCAGAGUCCCAGCAACGCCGCUGACCCUGAAAGAUUCCCAUGGAGGCCAGUGGAGAAGAGUGGGAAUCCUCCUCUACGUGGCUGACCUAGUUGUGCGCCUGAUGUGGAGGAAAGCACUGGAUCCGGACAAUUUCUCCAUCCCCUACCUCACUGCCCUGGGAGAUCUCCUGGGCACCGGAUUCCUGGCCAUCUGUUUCCGCCUAGUUUGGCUCAUCCACGGUGCAGACAUGAACCUGGGGAACUGAGAGACCAUCCAUUGCUCCAUGUCACUUGUGCUACAUGGUGCUUUCCUCUGGGAAAACGAAGUAUUUGGUGGUGAGUGCUGGUUCACCUGGCUGGAUUGGGCCUCCCUUGUUGCCCCCCCAACCGCCCAUCUCUCCUCCCCAUCGUGCCUUACAGCUGGGCUUGCUCACCCCGAGGAAUCAGCACCCACAGACUUGUGCCCUCUGAAGGGAGCAAGCUGGCUUUAAGCAGUGCCCGUUGCUCACACCUGCACCUGGCAAAUCAGGCAUUAAGAAACAUUUGCACCAUUUGCAAUGGGAUGACCAUUUUGAUCAGUUCCAGUCCCUAGCACUUAGGCAGCCUGUGACGCCGCUCCAAAGCCUGUGGAGGUCACUGCAUCUGAUCCUGCAAGUGGAAGUUGCGACCUCUCCACAGGACUCUUUCUCUUAAGGGAAAUUCUUUAUUCACCCCCUAUUUUCUCUCCCCUUGUGUCCCUGGAGGGAAAUGAGCAACCAGGUCUUUUACCUUGUCUCUUAUCCAUCACUCAGAUGCUCAGGAUCUGAUACAGUAAGCUCCUCACUGGCCUGUGCCCAGCAGGAGGUUAUCUAGGGUUACCACCUACCUGUUCUGGCAGGUAACUGUUGCCUGACAGACAAGCUGGAUUGAUUUCAUUUUGGAGGUAGGAAGGUUUGUUUUUACGGUUUAUGAAAUGUCCAGUAGUUAAAAUGUUUAUAGAAACACACAGAGAAAUAAAGUGUUU